AUGAUUAUAGAGUGCAUAGCAUUUUUUAUCAGAAUCACUCAAAAAGUAUUUGAAUUUCUAGGUCUAACUCCUUUAAUAGUAUUCCUAGUCAAGAAAAGCAUGUGGUAUGGAUUCUUUACAUUUUUGGCAUUGGCAACAAUUUUAAGAGCCUAUUUCUCUUAUAUUCCUUAGAUGAAUUAAAGAGUUCAAAUUCAGUAUCACUUGAUAAAUGGGAAAUAUUAUGGAUUUGUAUUCGAUCGUUCAUUUAAAAAUAUAUGCUAAGUUUCGAAUUCAGACAUCAUACUAGAAUUUUAAUCUUCUACGUUAAAAUUUUAAAAGAAUUUUCUAUGUGAAUCUGUUAUUUUCGAGGGUGAUAAUGAGAUUGAAUUUUAAGAUGAAUACUACGAAAUUCAAUUCAAUAUUGAUGCAAAUUAUUUAAUGCCAAAUUAGAAAACCAUUGUGGAAUUAACCUCAUAUCUAAUAACUGAUGACAACAAUAAGAAUUUUAAAUAGCAAAACCUUAUAAAAUUGGGAGAAUAAUAUCACUUAUCCAUAUUUAAAUUUCUUCCUUUCCGAAUUAUCAUUAAAGUGUUUAAGAAAAUGUCUGAAGUACUAGAUCUACAUGAUAGCUAUGCUAAGACGGGGGACAUCAAACUAUUUAAUCAUAUUCCAAAUCAGAAUAUAAAGAUUAAAGCAAUCAUUUUGGAGAUGAUUGCUUAUGACCGCAUAGUUUAGUUCAGAAAUUAAUUUUGUACCACAUCUGUCUGGUAUAAGAUAUUACCUCUAUUAUUAUUUCUUUUCAACUCUGACUUUAGGAACGUUCAUACUCACAUUGAUUUUCAUAAUAUUUUGGGAAGUAAUUUUAGAAGUAUUACAAAUAGAUUGUCUUUAAUAUCCAUACUUAUAGCUUUAAGGGAAUGA